UAAGAUUUUCGUUGUUUCUUCCCGUUCUCGACCAGAACCUUCCCUCAGACCAAAAAAAAAAGACCAGAACCUUCCCAGUUGGGACAGAACCCUAAUCCCCAAAUCCAUAGCAAUCCCUAAAUCCUGAAAAAUAUACCUUUGGCUGAUCAUAAUGGAACAAGACUACCGCGGCUCCAGAAAACGCAGGAGACAAGACGGCAACGUCGAUGACCUCACCAAGGCAUUCAAUUUCAACAAUGGCGAUGGCCUUGGUCUCACUGCUGGAAUCGGGAUGAAGAUGCUGAAGAACAUGGGCUACAAAGGAGGCGGUCUUGGCAAGGACGAACAGGGAAUGCUCAACCCCAUUCAACCCAAAUUGAGGCCAAAGAAUUUGGGCAUGGGCUUCAACGACACCAAAACCAAGCUGCCCAAUUUGCAAGAAGAAUCGGAGGCUGAUGUUCCUCCGCCCACCACCACCACCACCAUGCCAACUUGGAAGAAGAACGUAAUUAACAAGCAGCAGAAGGAUUUCUGUUUGGCAGAGUUCUUGGCCCAGAAGAUGGAAGAGGAACAGAAUGUUGAGGCCGUCGAAAAUUCGGAGAAUUUGAAUGCGCAGGAGGAAGAUGGUGAUGAUGUUCCGAUGCCCAAUUUGAACAAUGAGAUCAGUGCUGUUUUGAACCGACUGAAAGAAGCAAAUUCCAUGGGAGAAUUGACACUGGAAGCGCUGGCCAAGGAGUUUGGUGACAUUCGGAGGGGUUGCACUGACCAUUGUAAGUUAAUUAACUUGUCUCGAAUUGUGUUUUCAUUUGCAAAGCCUCUGUUUAACAAGAUGUUUCAGGGUUGGGAUCCUCUGCAGAAUCCAUGGCAUGGUUUCGACAUUGUGUCCACCUGGAAGGGUUUGCUUCAUGGAGAGGGGGAGAGAGAGGAAUGUUAUUAUACCCAAUUGGUUAAAGAGGCUGUGUUAUCUGAGGUGAGGAUGUCUGGCCUCAAUAGUUGGCAGGCUGAGGACCCCGAACCAAUGCUCAUGUUUUUGGAGUCUUGGAAGGAGCUACUGCCCACUUCUGUUGUUCAUGACAUAUUGGAUAUGGUGGUCUUGCCUGAAUUGAAGGUUGCUAUACAGUUGUGGGAACCAAACUUGGGAACUGUUCCUAUUCAUUUGUGGGUGCAUCCAUGGCUACCGUUACUGUUUGAAUUGGGAGACAAGUAUCAAUUGGAGCUGGAGGAGUUGUUUGGAACAAUGAGGUUGAUGUUGUGUGAUUUUCUUAGCUCAUGGCACCCGAGAGAUGGGUCUGGUUAUACCAUAGUGUCACCGUGGAAAGCGGUGUUUGAUUCUACCACUUGGGAACUGCUUAUGCGUAGAUAUGUAGUUCCCAAGUUGGAGCUUGUGCUACUAGAAGAUUUUGAAGUGAACCCUUUAAAUCAGAAGCUUGAUCAGUUUAAUUGGUUCAUGAGGUGGGCUUCUGCUAUUCCUAUGCAUCUGAUGGUCAAUGUGAUGGUCAAGGGCUUCUUCCCGAAUUGGAUAAAGGGUUUGCAUUUCUGGUUGAAAGCCAAUCCCAACUUUGAAGAUGUUGCGGAUUGGUAUAGGGGUUGGAAGGAACUUAUCCCCAAAGAGUUUCAUGCGAAUGAAAGUAUUCGUUGUCAGCUUGAGCGUGGUCUUAGUAUGAUGAACCGGGCUGUUGAGGAUAUGGAGGCUGCUCAAGCUGAUUUGAAAGAGAAUUUUAGGGUAGUUGAAAAAAGGCAGGGGAAAGCAGUACCAGCAGCCCAAGCAAACUUCGGCGGCCAAACCAACAUGGAUGGCAUUGAUCAUGAGAUGAAUUUGAAAGAGAAUGGUAAGAUUGAUCAAGUGCAAUUUGAGGCAAAGAAGAGAGCAGCAGCUUUUCUAGCCAAUGCGAAAUUGGGCAGCACAACUGACGUGGAUGACAUUAGUCAUCGAAUGACCCUGAAAGAUGUUAUUGAAGCUGAGGCGCAGGAACAUGGCUUGCUAUUUAGGCCUAAACCUGGGCGAAUGUUUGAUGGUCACCAGGUAUACGGCUUUGGUAACAUAAGCAUAAUGGUGGACUUUCUAAAGGAGAAGAUAUAUGCCCAAACAGAAGCGACGUGGUCUCUUGUGUCCCUUGAGAGGUUACUUGAGUUACACAAGAACAAGGAGACGAUGAGUUUCUGAACGAGGCCUCUAAACACUUGGAAUAGGAGGAACUCAGUUUUUGUCGACACCAGCAUAGAUUAAGAGCUGCUCGUUUAACAUGGUGGUGUAAAACCUACAUAAUAUGAUAAUGCUUUCGUAAUUUCAAAUGAUUUUGGAGUGAUUGUGCCCUGCCUCUGGCAAAUACAUGAGAAUUGAUUAACUGUUUACAUUAUUUGGUUU